GGAGGGGCGGGGCUUAUCCCAUAGGGCCCACCCCCGUGGUCCCAGAGCCCGGGGCGCACGUCUAGAUAUAAGGCAGCCGGGAAACAAUGCGCCAGCAGCUCGCGCUCCCGCGCCGAUCUCGGGAGCGUCCGGGCCGCUGUGCGCGAGCGAGGCGCGGGACGCGCGCGCGGGGAGCGCGCUCGUGAGUGCGGGCCGCGCGCUCUGUGGCGUGCAUGUGUAUGUGUGCGGGCUGCCCGGCUGCCGCGAGCCGGCGGGGAGCCUGUCCGCUCCAGGUGGUGGGCGGCGGGAGCAAGGGAGCGGACAUGGACUUCGAUUCGUACCAGCACUAUUUCUACGACUACGACUGCGGGGAGGAUUUCUACCGCUCCACGGCGCCCAGCGAGGACAUCUGGAAGAAAUUCGAGCUGGUGCCGUCGCCCCCCACGUCGCCGCCCUGGGGCUCCGGUCCUGGCGCCGGGGACCCAGCGCCAGGAAUUGGUCCCUCGGAGCCUUGGCCCGGUGGGGGCGUCGGGGACGAGGCGGAAUCUCGGGGCCACUCAAAAGCUUGGGGCAGGAACUACGCUUCCAUCAUACGUCGUGAUUGCAUGUGGAGCGGCUUCUCUGCCCGAGAACGGCUGGAGAGAGCGGUGAGCGACCGGCUGGCCCCUGGCGCGUCCCGGGGGAACCCGCCCAAGGCGCCUGCAGCUCCCGACUGCACUCCCAGUCUCGAAGCCGGCAAUCCGGCGCCCGCCACCCCCUGUCAGCUGGGUGAGCCAAAGACCCAGGCCUGCUCGGGGUCCGAGAGCCCAAGCGACUCGGAGGGUGAAGAAAUCGAUGUUGUGACGGUGGAGAAAAGGCAGUCUCUGGGUAUGCGGAAGCCAGUCACCAUCACAGUGCGGGCAGACCCUCUGGAUCCCUGCAUGAAACACUUCCAUAUCUCCAUCCAUCAGCAACAGCACAACUAUGCUGCCCGGUUUCCUCCAGAAAGUUGCUCCCAAGAAGAAGCCCCAGACAGGGGUCCCCAGGAAGAGACUAUGGAGAGAGAAUCACCCACAGAGAAGCAAGAGGAUGAGGAGGAAGAGAUUGUGAGCCCCCCACCUGUAGAAAGUGAGGCGCCUCAGCCCUGCCGCCUCAGACCCGUCAGUUCUGAUACUGAGGACAUGAGCAAGAGGAGGAACCAUAACUUCUUGGAGCGCAAAAGGCGAAAUGACCUCCGCUCACGGUUCUUGGCCCUGAGGGACCAGGUGCCCACCUUGGCCAGCUGCUCCAAGGCCCCCAAAGUAGUGAUCCUCAGCAAGGCCUUGGAAUAUCUGCAAGCCCUAGUAGGGGCUGAGAAGAGGAUGGCUACAGAGAAAAGGCAGCUCCGGUGCCGGCAGCAGCAACUGCAGAAAAGAAUUGCGUACCUCAGUGGCUACUAACUGACCAAAAAGCCUGACUCUUCUCUCUUGCAAAGACACGUUUAUAUUUUAACCUCCCUUUCCCCUUUAGUAAUUUGCACAUUUUGGUUAGGGUGGGACAGUCUGAACAGUAGAUCCCAGAAUGCAUUGCAGCCAGUGCACACACAAUAAGGGCUUGCAUUCUUGGAAACCUUAAAACCCAGCUCUCCCUCUUCCCUGGCUCAUCAGAGUGCUUCAUCCUCUGGCGCCUUUGGCUUCUCAGCAGGCAGCUGACUGAGGAGCCCAGGGGUCUGCCUAGCUUGCUAGCUAGCUCCUAAGAAAAGGCUGACAGAUGCUAUGCAACAGGUGGUGGACGUUGUCAGUUGUCAGGGGCUCCAGCCUGCAUGAAAUCUCACACUCGGCCGGAGCUUUAGGCUAGGAAAGGAUGCUCCCACUGAUGUAUCUGGGGGUGAUGCAAGGACAGCUGGGCCUGAACACUCCCUGAGGCUCCUUUUCCCAGGAGACACUCUAGCUGUCUUAGGUGAAGACAAACUCAUAGACUUGAUCAACGCGGACCAUUACCUCACUGUCAGACACUUUACAGUAGCUGAGGAGUGCAAACAUUUAAUAUAUAUAUUAUGGUGUUAUGCAACACCCCUCCCUCUACUCUCAAUGCUGUGACUUUGAGAACAUUUAAAGAGCUUGGCCCCUAGAUUCCUUGUCUCAGUGUCCUCUGGACCCUCUUCUUUGAGAAAGAGAGCUUUCUGUCCUCAAAAGAGAUUUUUUUUUGUUUCAUUCUGCCUUUGUUAUGCAAUGGACUCCGUAGCACCCUUUACCCGCAGGUCUGAAAUAUUUCCCCAAAACGCAGGGAAAUGGGUUCUGGCCUUGGCUCUGAGGAAGGCUUGGAGUCCUGGCUCAUGAACUUGUUCCCUUGCCCAGGUGUUUUCCAAGGGCCAUUUGGGAUUCAUCUUGGACCCUUCUCAAGCAGGUAUAAGGCACCUCAAAAGGAAGCACUGUACUACUUCCUCUUUCCUACCUGCCUCUAAUCUCAGUUCUUGAUUCCGUUUGAAGUUCUACUGGAACCAUACAAACCUGUCCAGGGAGUGUGCUCGCUCUGUAGCCACCAGCCUGGUUCUUUGCCAGCUUGCCGUGAGUCACAUGCCUUUCCCAGAAUCUAGGCCUUACUGAGGUUCUGGGGAUAGCUGUUGGGACGCAUCCAGGGCUCCAUAAGGUGGACUUGCUUCCUGGUGUGUUACAAAGGCACUUCCAGGAGCUCUGCUUAGCCAACUAUGAUGGAUUUUGCUCUAGCUGGACUCUGCAGCUCCAAGUGGAAUUGAGGUGUAGCCUCCAAUAUGGGAAAACCACCUAACUCUGUAGGUGGCAUGUGAGCAACUCCUCAGUUUGGCAUGGAAGAAAGAUCAGCCCCUCCAAAACUCUGCCCCAGACAGCAGGUGACUGCUGGCUCUGAAUUUGGAAGUGGGGGAGGAGGUACGGAUGGUAAACACUCUUGGUAGCUCUGAAAAACCAAGUGCUGCUUCCAACCUACUGUCCAUGAUAUGAUGUUCCCUUUCUGAGGUUAUUUCCUAGCCUCAGAGAACCCUAGUAGAACUUUUGGAUGUAUAGACAUUCUACCUUCUGGAGCAGGGUUUUCAGGAGCCAGCUGACUUCUGGAACUGUCUUGGAAGGACAGGUGGGAAAUAGCUUACUAAUGUCCCACCUGAAUAGCUGGUGUUUUAUAAGCUGCUGCUGGGUAUUAUGCUGGGAGGAAUCUUUUUUUUUUUUAUACUGUAUUUUUGUAUGCCUUUUGCAAAGUGGUGUUAAUUGUUUUUGUACAAGGAAAAAAAAACUUGGUCAUUUCUCCUGUUGCAAGGGUCUCAUUUAUUUUGAAAGGCAAGUUUACCUGAAAUUUUGUAUUUAGUUGUGAUUACUGAUUGCCUGAUUUUAAACUGUUGCCUUCUGGGACAUCUUCUAAUAAAAGAUUUCUCAAAUAUG